ACCACCACCGCUACCCAUUUCCACAAUUCAUCACUUUUUCCUUCAAACUCCGAUUGUUGAUUCAAAGAGAGGAAAAAAAAUGAAGGCAUUUCACAUUGCAUUCUUCACCUCCAUUGUUGCCCUCCAGUCUCUAAACCUAGCCAAUGCACAAAAUCGUCAACGUUGGUGUAUACCUAAGCCGGGGGUUACAGAUUCAAUGCUAAUCGAAAACAUAAAGUUCGCUUGCGAUCAGCCCAACAUGGACUGCACUCCGAUUCAACCUGGAGGUGGCUGUCCCCAAGAUCUGACCUCUCGUGCCGCUUACGCCAUGAAUCUCUACUACCAAGACCACGGCGAAGUCUGGGAUUGCGACUUCUCCAACACCGCCACCCUGACCGAUGUCGAUCCCAGUACCGCGACCUGCAAGUUCAUCUCGAAGCUGACCCCGGCGAGGCUGUCGUGGUGCGUGCCGAAGCCCGGGACGCCGGUGGAGCAGCUGAAGUCGAACAUCGACUACGUUUGCAGCCAGCCGAAGAUGGACUGCGGCCCGAUCCAGCUGGGCGGCGAGUGCUACGAUCCCAACACCGCCGCUUCCCACGCGGCUUUCGCCAUGAACCUCUACUACCAAUCACACGGCAACAAGUGGGACUGCGACUUCUCCAACUCCGCCGUCAUCACAAAUCAGGAUCCCAGUGUUAUGGGGGCUGCAAGUACGUUGCUAGGGCCGUGACUCCAGCAUGAAAGAGGAAGUUAGGGAGAAGAAGCUAGAUAUACUAGUUUAUAUAUAAGGGAUUUGGUUUGAACUUGAUUAUCCCUUUUUGUUAUGGGGAGUUUAAAUUUGGGUUCCAUUUUGUUUGAUUUUUUUUCCUUCUACAAAUAGUUGAAUAGAAAAUAAGAAAAAUAAAAUAAUUGUAUGAGUUGAUUUUUGACAAAU